AUGAAGUCGACUGAGAAAGCAGAGAGGGUUGUGCGGAGAGAAGAGCGGCAGAGGAAGGGGAGGUGGAGGUGGGUUAAGUUUGUGAAUGAGGAUCCUACGGUGGGUGGGGAUGAUGUUGUAGAUGAGGAUAGUAUGAGCGACGGUGCGAGGGCCUCGGGAGAUGAGACUGUGUUGGCUCCAUCUAGAAUUGGUUUUGAGGCCGAUAACAGUGAUGAUAGCCUGCACGACUCUCCUGCUAUGCACUCUUCAUUGGUUGGUAGUAAAGCCUUCAGCGAUAGGGACAAAUCUGCUGUACAUGGGCUUCUUGCUUUGGGAACAAGCGAUGGUGUCAAUUAUCAUAGGGCCGCUCCGGAUAAAGGGUAUGAAAAGACUAGUUCUGAUUUUGUCUCGUCAGAGCUAGUGGCCAGUACACCUGCGGUGAUGAAGCAUGCUCCUAGCUUUGUGGGGUCUUCUGAGAGGUUGCCUUCAAGCAUAAGUGCCAAUCCUAUAACAGAUACGGCAAAGCUGAAGCUGUUAUGUCACUAUCGGUACCAUGUAGCACCAUGGCUCGAUAUCUGCGAUCUCACUCAUCCAUUCGGGAUCACUGCUGUCCAGACCGCACUCAGCUCGGAGCCGCUCAUGACAGCUCUACUGGAUCUUUCCAAUGCUUGCGUUAUCCAUAAGGAUAUGGGGAAACAGCAAACGUCUCAUCUUAGCCGUAUAGAUCAGUUGACUCGUCCGCUGUGGUCGGACAGCUUCACUUUCGCUGCUGAGAAUGCUUUGACGGCCGUGCUAGAAGAGACAAGAUGGCUUGUCACCGAUAUCGCUCAGACUUGGAAGAACAUGCAGAACCUCAGGACACGGAAGCUUGAGCCAUUGGCUCAUCAGGCCCUGGAUCCGGGUAUUGCGUCAUCUACUUACUGGAUGUUCUUCCGCUUAGGCUUGAGUGCAGCGCUCGCAAACGACAGACCAAUUGAGAUACAACUUCCGAUGCUCCCGUUACCUAGCCUACCAAUUCUAUCAAGGGUAGAGGAAGUCCGGGAAAGAACCCGAGCGUAUGCCCAUGUCCUCCUCUGGCUGUGUGGAAAAGCUUUGAUGCUAUAUCACCAGCAGACCAGCCCCGGCCAGUUUGUAGCUCCACAACAGCUACUGGAUAGCUGGCUGGAUGUUUUUGAUGCUAUUGAGCAAUGGUACCAUCUGCGACCACACGAAUUCCAACCUAUGGUAGAUUUGGGUGUUGACGAUCAACUUGCCCAGGCCGAAAGUGGAUUUCCGCUGCUGCUAUUCGCAAACGGGACGGGUGCCUUCUGCAAUCAGUUGUACCAUACUGCCAUGCUACUUUUGCUGCAGUGUAAGCCACGCACAGCACUUUUGGGCUUGCAGUCAAUAACUUUGUCGCCACUGUGGCAUUCGCAGCGUAUCUGUGGCAUCGCACUGAAUAAUGACCGCCGGGAAUCCUGGGAUCCCUGCUUGAUAGCCUCAUUCCUGGUGGCUGCCAGAAGAAUGACCCAUGAAUCCCAACAACAGGAGAUUUUGGAAGGCUUUGAGCGGGUGCGCGAUAUCACGGGGUGGGACAUGGAUGGAUAUCUGACGCAACUCCGAGAGGAUUGGUCCUUCCUUGAUGGUUUCUAG